AUGGGCCGAAUCGAUAUAGGCCAGGCCAUCGAGGAGCUGACCCUCGGGGAAAAGGUCGCCCUUACUGCAGGCCGUGAUUUUUGGCACACCGUGCCCAUUCCGCGCUUGGGAAUCCCUGCGCUGCGCAUGUCGGAUGGCCCAAACGGCGUCCGCGGCACUCGCUUCUUCAAUGGCAUCCCCGCCGCUUGCUUUCCAUGUGCCACGGCGCUGGGUGCAACCUGGGAUGCAGAGCUACUGUCGCAGGUCGGCAAAUUGAUGGGUGAAGAGGCCAUCGCCAAGGGCACCCACAUCGUCCUCGGGCCCACGAUCAAUAUCCAGCGGUCCCCGCUGGGUGGACGUGGCUUCGAGUCUUUCUCCGAGGACGGGGUGCUCUCCGGCACUCUGGCGGGUCAUUUCUGCAAAGGGAUGCAGGACCAAGGCGUCGCCGCGACAUUAAAGCACUUUGUCUGCAAUGACCAAGAGCAUGAGCGAAUGGCCGUGAGCAGCAUCGUGACGGAGCGAGCUCUGCGCGAGAUCUAUCUGCUGCCCUUCCAAGUCGCCAUGCGCAUUUGCCGCUCGGCAUGUAUCAUGACCGCCUACAACAAGGUGAAUGGGACUCAUGUGAGCGAGAAUAAGGCCAUUCUCGAAGAUAUCCUCCGGAAAGAGUGGGGAUGGGAUGGCAUGGUCAUGAGCGAUUGGUUUGGUACAUACAGUACAUCCGACGCCAUCAAUGCAGGCCUCGAUAUUGAGAUGCCGGGAAAAACGCGCUGGAGAGGGGAGGCCCUCGCGCAUGCCGUCUCCUCCAACAAGGUCGCCCAAUUCAAACUGGACGAGCGAGUGCGGAAUAUCCUGAACCUGGUGAACUGGGUCGAGCCGCUUGGAAUCCCAGAGGGGGCCCCCGAGAAGGCUCUUAACCGGCCCGAAGACCAGGCUUUGCUGCGCCGUGCAGCGGCGGAGUCGGUCGUCCUUUUGAAAAACGAAGGAGAUGUCCUUCCGUUGAAGAAGGACAGAUCGGUGCUCGUCAUUGGCCCCAACGCCCGGAUUGCCUCGUACUGCGGUGGGGGUUCGGCUUCGUUGGCUCCGUAUUAUACAGUGACUCCUUUUGAGGGAGUAGCAGCAAAGAGCUCCAAGGAAGUUAAAUUCGCUCAAGGUAUCUACUCCCAUAAGGAACUGCCUUUGCUGGGCCCACUCCUCAAGACGGCCGACGGCAAGACCGGCUUCACAUUUAAGGUAUACAACGAGCCCCAAAGUGCAGGCAACGAGCGGACGGUCGUUGACGAGCUCCACCUUAUUGCCUCCAGCGGGUUCCUCAUGGAUUAUGUCAAUCCCAAGAUCAAGUCCAUGACCUAUUACGUCGAUAUGGAAGGCUUCUUCACUCCCGAGGAUGACGGGCUCUACGACUUUGGCGUCACCGUGGUCGGCACGGGACGACUGUAUUUAGACGGCGAGGUGGUGGUGGACAACACCAAGAACCAGAAGCAGGGCUCGGCCUUCUUUGGCACGGGUACCAUCGAAGAACGCGGUGUGAAGGAGCUCAAGGCCGGUCAAACCUAUAAGAUUGUCUUCGAGUUCGGCACUGCGCCCACCUCCGACCUCGACACGCGAGGAAUUGUCGCCUUUGGACCCGGUGGGUUCCGUUUUGGCGCCAGUCGCCGUGUCAGCGAGGAAGAGCUCAUCUCCACCGCUGUCGAGCAGGCCGCAAAGGCCGAGCAGGUGGUCAUUUUCGCUGGUCUCACCAGCGAAUGGGAGACCGAGGGGUACGACCGUGACCACAUGGAUUUACCACCAGGCAGUGAUGAGAUGAUCAGUCGCGUCCUGGCGGCCAAUCCCAAUGCGGUGGUCGUCAUCCAGUCUGGCACACCAGUAACGAUGCCGUGGGUCAAGGAGGCACGCGCUCUCGUGCAGGCCUGGUUCGGUGGAAAUGAGUGCGGCAACGGCAUCGCAGACAUCCUCUACGGCGAUGUCAAUCCAUCCGCCAAGCUACCAGUCACAUUCCCUCGUCGCUUGCAAGACAACCCUUCCUACAUCAACUUCCGCUCAGAACGCGGCCGUGUUCUAUACGGCGAGGACAUCUAUGUGGGUUACCGGUAUUUUGAGAAGAGUGCGGUGGCUCCCGCCUUUCCGUUCGGCUAUGGCCUGUCAUACACCAGCUUCUCACGAUCGGAUCUGCGGAUCAGCACGGCGCCUGAGCAGCCUCAAUAUACGGAAUCGGGCGAGCCGAUUACCGCGACAGUCGCGGUCACCAAUACCGGUUCCAGCGCCGGCGCGGAGAUCAUUCAGCUCUGGGUUGUUCCCCCGUCGACAGAUGUCAACCGUCCUGUCCGUGAACUAAAGGCGUUCCAGAAGGUCUUCUUGCAGCCAGGGGAGACGAAAUCGGUAGAACUUUCGGUCGAGAAGAAGAUCGCCACCAGCUGGUGGGAUGAGCAGCGGGGGCAGUGGAUUUCAGAAAAGGGCCGUUACGAGGUCAUGGUGACUGGUACGGGUCCAGAGCAGCUUCGGGGGGAAUUCAACGUUUGCAAGACGCGUUUUUGGCUUGGCCUUUAG